AUGUUCGGCUUUUUAACUACAGAUGAUGAGAACGCGCCCGGAAAUUUUGGUCUUUGGGAUCAGCAUUUAGCAUUUAAGUGGGUCAAUGCUCAUAUUGAAUCUUUUGGUGGAGAUAAUGAAAGGGUGACUAUAGCUGGGGAGUCGGCAGGUGCAAUGUCAGUAACUCAACAUGGGCUGUUUCCUGAAAAUCAGGGACUUUUCCAAAGAAUCAUAGCACAGAGCGGAAGUAUAACAAUACCACUCCGAGACUUUGAACAGCCACUUUUUGACAAUACUUUAUUAGUGGCUAAAAUGUUAAAUUGCAAUACUGAAAACAGUGAUUUUAUAAUGGUAUGUUUACGGAAUGCAAGUUCUGAAACUAUUUUAAGGGCAUUCUUUCAACUUAGUUAUAGAGUAAAUUUUGGACCAAUCAAAUCAAACAAAAUAUAG